AUGUAUAGUGGUAGCAGCCUUUUCGCGACGCUUAUUCUAGCAGCCAGCGGCGUGGCCAGCGCCCUCGACUGCAAAUGCUCCCCCUCCGACCCAUGCUGGCCAUCUACAGAUCAAUGGACCUCUCUCAACCAAACCGUAUCCGGAAGACUUAUCCGAGCGGUACCAGCAGCAUCCGUCUGCUAUCCCAACGAGCCCAACUAUAACCCAGCAGCUUGCACGUCUGUCCUGGGCAACUGGACCACAUCAAAAUUCCAUGCCUCAGACCCAGUCAGCGUCGAUGACCCGGUCUGGUCCAACAACAGCUGCAAUCCGAUUUACCCUGAUGGAACUAGCAUCACAGGAAAUGUGCAUGCGGAGCAGGAAGGCUGCGGUAUUGGUAACUACCCGGUCUAUGUGAUCAAUGCCACCGACGCUAGUCACAUCCAGGCUGGGCUGCAGUUUGCGAAGAAGUGGAAUCUGCGACUGAAUAUCAAGAAUACCGGCCAUGGGUCUGAGCGCAGUAUUAAUCAUGGAAGUUUGUCUAUCUGGACCCAUCACUUGAAGGAGAUUCAAUUCUACGAGCACUUCCAGCCUCACCAGUGCAGCAAGAUCAAUUCCACCGCGGAAACUGCGAACCAGACGAGGACGAUGGCUGCUACUCUCGGGGCUGGUGUGCAGGACGGUGAACUUUUUGCCGCACUCGCUAAACACAAUGCCACGGCUGUCGGCGGAACAAAUAUGGACGUCGGAGUCGUGGGCUGGGCGACCGGUGGUGGCCAUGGCCUGGCCACUGGCACAUACGGCAUGGGCGCAGACAACAUCAUCGAAGCGGAGAUAGUCACCCCAGCAGGCGACCUCGUGACCGUGAACGCUUGCCAGCACGAGGACCUCUUCUGGGCUAUUCGCGGAGGCGGAGGCGGCACCUACGGUGUGAUUGUCUCGGUCACUGUCAAGGCGUAUCCCAUGCCUCUGGUAACCAUGGUCAACCUUUCCCUUACCGCCAAGAACACAACCAGCGAGCAUGAAUGGUACCGACUCGUUGCGAAAUCUCACAGUUACCUUGCUGAGCUUCAGGUGAAUGGUGCUCAUGGAUACUACACCAUGAGCAGCUCCCCGCAGCUAAACCUGAACGGUGCUCUGCUGUUGUACAAUGCGAAGAACGGCACUGCUGAGAGGCUCGUCCGUCCUUUCCAGAACUUCUUGAAGACCCAGGAGACUAUUGCGACCGGCAUGGUUGCGCCAAUGAUGACGCUGCCUUUUUAUGAUGUCGUGCAGAUGAUGCCUGCCAUUGAAACGGUCGGCAAGACGCAAGGUGUGCGGGCAUCACGGUUCAUCCCACGCCGGGCUGUCAAGGAAGAUGUUGAACUUCUAGCCGAUACAUUGGAGGCCAUCAUGUCUCGCAAGGAUUCUGUCGAUGGCGUAUCCGCUCCUUCAAUCUCCGGCACCAUGACUGGCAGUUCCACCCCAGUCGACAACGCUCUGAACACGGCUUGGAGAGAUUCAGUCGUACACCUAAUCGUCCAACAAAGCUGGAAUGAAUCCCUUCCGUUAGCCUUGGCCGAACAGACCAUCUACAACAUGACGUACGGCAGGGGGUAUGCCCUUCGGCAAUUGGCCCCUGAUACCGGAUGCUACUUCAACGAGGCAAACCCAUUCGAGCCAGAGUGGCAGACUUCGUUCUUCGGAUCGCAUUAUCCUCGACUCCAUGCGAUCAAGAGCACAUAUGAUCCCGAGGGUUUGCUUUGGUGUCGUCAUUGUGUUGGUAGUGAGGCAUGGAAGGAGCAGGUGGAUGGAAGGUUGUGUCGGGCGUUCUAA